AUGGCCAUCGCCGCGGCCGCGCCGGUAGUUCAGGAGACGCUAGAGCGCUUCGUCUACAGCAGCCUGCCGGACUCGACUAGGUUGUCCAGUGGAAAGUACACCAAGGUCUGGCAUUUCGACAGCAAGGCCGCGGUCGAGGAAUUCGUCCGCCGCGACCCUACCAUGACCUCUGCCGGCCUCAGCCAGAAGUCCAGCUUUAUUCACGUUGGCGUGUACGUUGACAAUUGGCGACGGUCACCGUUGGAGAUUGUGAAGGACCCCGAGUCGGAUGGGUACUACCGCGUCCAGGUCAGCGACGGGCGCGAGAAACUUCCCUUCAUCUGGAUCAGUCGGGAUACUGGGACGCUGGUGAAGAAGCUCGUGGAGGAUGUGCCGCCCGGCGCGAGACUGCUCGGGGUCAGCAAGAUGGCCUCCUACAGGGAAUACCUCGGUACCUGGGCCCGAGUUGUUGGUAAGAACCUGGCUGGCGACCAGGGCAUCAAGCAGAUGUUGCCAAUGGAGUAUGCCGAGCGGGUGAGGGGUGACAAAGACCAUAAGGAGCAUAUGCUUGAGACAUGGGCAUUUGCCCAUGAAUUUGGCUAUGAUGGCGGCGACCCGGAUAUGCUGUAUCCGAAAGAUAUCGGCGCAGAGAAUCUUUUGACAUCUAUUGAGGAGUACGUUGAAUGGGAGGACUGGAGCCCGCUGUUUAAGCAGGAUUAG